GGCUCUUAUUACGGAAAGCGGAAGUGCUGGCCAGUGUUCCGGCCUCUGAUUGGCUCUCCGUCUGAAAGGAGGCUGAAGAAGUAACGCUGGGAUGAACAGACACAAGCACGGGAUAAAUAGCUGAGCAUUAUUCUGUCUAAAGGAUUCGUUAUGGCGAAACGGUGGAAUCCAUGGAAGGGACUAGAUCCCUGAGAGCCCGGGGGCAUCACCCUUCCUCACAGACACCAGAGGAGUUCCCAGAUUCCACCGUGAAUGAGAGCAACAUGAGGCUCCCUAAACGCUGGGCGGCACACAGGUGUGUGUUAGUACUGUGUGUGGUUUUAGGCUUCCUGUGUUUGGUGAUGGUCUCUCGUCUACCACUGAUUGAGACGGGGACAAGCAAACCUCUGGAUUUGCACGUCAGCCAUGCACAUAAAAAGCAGGUGAAUGAGCACGUGACCAGAGUUCUGGAGAGUCAGUGUCGUCCCAGCAACACCAGGCACAGCUUGUUAGCUCGACUCCCUGCCUCCAGUCAAACAACCCAGCCCUUCCUGUGGAAGGACGUGCCGCUCCCUGAUGGCCUCUUCCUGUAUCCACCACCAUUUGGGUUCAGAAGUCUUCAGGGAAAAGUGGAGGACCUGCUGAAGCAGCUGCCAGACUCGGACUCCGUGCGCCAGUCGGAAAAGACAUCGGAUAAAUGUCGGCGCUGUGUGGUCAUGGGAAAUGGAGGCAUUCUCAGAGGCCUGGAGCUGGGCCCGCUCAUCGACCGCUUCGACACCGUUAUCAGGUUGAACAGCGGUCCUCUGGGAGAGUUCAUUGUCGACGUCGGAAAUCGAACCAGCAUCAGGAUGAGUUACCCAGAGGGCACGCCGCUCCGCUGGACCGACACAGACCCACACAUUCUGUAUGUAGCUGUGGUGUAUAAAGGUGUAGACAUCAGCUGGAUCUCUGCUAUGAUCAACAAGCUCACUGUGCCACUGUGGGACUGGCUCUUCUUCUGGCAGAAGGUUCCAGAUCAAAUCCCUCUGGAGCCCCAGAGGUUCAGACUUCUAAACCCGCAUAUCAUCAGAGAGUCUGCUUUGGACCUACUGAAAUACCCUCCACCCAGACCACGCUGGUGGGGAAGCGACCAGAAUGUGCCUACCAUGGGCGUCACUGCACUGAAUCUAGCCAGCCUGCUGUGUGACAAGGUCAGCCUGGCAGGCUUUGGCUACAACUUGUCCCAGCAGGGGGCGCCCCUGCACUACUACGACCACCUGCCCAUGACCGCCAUGCUGAAGGAGACUUCACACAAUGUGGACAGAGAGACUGAACUCCUGAAGAGCCUAGUCAAAGAGGGAGCCAUCACUGACCUGACGGGGGGGAUUCACUGCUCCUUCUGCCCCAGCAGACCACAAGACUCUUCACUGUGAAGCACUUCCCUCUUCUGUUGUAAAGAGCAAAGCACGUACUGUACAGAUACACAGGAAAACAACGGCGAGACCAAAGGACUUACAGACGUGCGGGAAGUGAGGGAAAAAAAACAGGUGAGAGGAAAAAAAAACUUGGCACAAAGAUAGCAAUAAAUCUAGUGUAAUAUAUGCAAUAUUUUUCACAAAGUGCUUCUUGAAGAACAAGGGACAUAAAAACAGAAAUAAACUCUGGUCAUUUUGGUGCCUGCUGGGCUUUACAUGUCUCAGUAUUUCAAUGUUAAAGUUCUUCUGUGAAUGAAAUAAGUUUAUUUGCUGAUACACCCAACAAAACGUGGGCAUACAUUAUGGGAAAUUUGAGAUUUUACAGAUUACGGAUUUUAAUAUAUUUCUCCAGAUAUUCAAUGUAUUGCAGGUAUUUUAAAGCCUUGUGUUGAUAGUAUUAAUGCAUAGACAGCUCGCCCACGUUUGAAUUUAGGACUGCUUCAGUUGGUAACACGAUAUCGUCUUAUUGGUAUCAUGAUCGGGGGAGGGGGUUUACUUUAAAAGUGUAAUGCGAUACAAUUACUAAUUACUAGGGCUGUCAAUCGAUUAAAAUAUUUAAUCACGUUUAAUCGCAUGACUGUCUAUAGUUAAUUGCAAAUUAAUCACACAUUUUUUUAUCUGUUCAAAAUGUACCUUAAAGGGAGAUUUGUCAAGUAUUUAAUACUCUACCUGACGGCUCCCUCGUUGAUACAGUUCCUUUUAGUUUUUUUUUGUAUCUUAUCCAUUACUCCCCAAGCCUGAUCAUGAUAGUUCUCCAAGUACUGUGAGUUAAAACGGUUCAAUCAAAACAUCUCUAGCAAGCAGACUAAACUGAACCGAACCUAUUCUUCCACUGGCUUUAAACACAUUUUCUAUUCGCUCUGUCCCUUGAACCAUUGGCGCAUAAAAUCAGACAACAUCCAUUAGUACAUCCUAUCACUUUUUGUAACACUGAUCACCGGAUAUCAUUGUAUGCUGAUGAUAUCAUUCUUUACUUAGGUAACACAGGUUCUUCUUUACCACAUUUGCUUUCCACUUUCGAUUCGUUCAGCUUGCUAUCGGGAUAUAAAAUUAAUUGGACAGCAUUGAUGCAUUUAAAUUCUGUUAUUUCUCAAACUCCCAUGCCCUCCCAUAUACCAAUAGUUAAGAGCUUCAGAUAUCUUGGUGUUGAUAUUUUCCAUUCUACGUCUUCCAUUGCACUACGAAACUUUCAAAAUAUAUACAAUUGCUUAGAGAAGGAUUUUGAACGCUGGGUAAAUCUCCCAAAUUCACUCCAAGCCCGAAUAGCAAUAGUUAAAAUGGAUGUACUCCCUCGUGUUAAUUUUUAUUCUUCUAUGAUAACUCUUGCUCCUCCUAUUGGGUUUUGGGAAAAACUUCACACGUUAAUCUCCAAAUUCAUAUGGAAAGGAAAGAGGCCUCGUUUAAAAUUCACAACUCACCAGCGAGACAAGACACAGGGAGGGCUGGGUCUACCAGGUUUAAGGGGUACUUCUGGUCCUUUGUGUUACGCCCUCUCUCUACAUGGCUCAAUCCUAGUUCUUUAGCCUCUUGGAGACCAAUUGAGGAAAAUUUAUCGUUGCCCCAUAGACUACAAGACCUAGUGUAUUCCAACAUACCAUUGAAAAAAGCCAAAUUACGUUUAGGCCCUAUAAUUUCAUUUCUACUUGUAACUUACCGUACUGUAAUGAAGCAGACGCAUGCAGAUCUUAAAUGGCACAAUCACUCGCCAAUUUUCAAUAAUUUCUCCCUUCUUUCCGGUAACAUACCUUUCUCAUUCCCACAAUGGAAGACCAGGGGAGUUACUAUAUUAAAGGACCUAUAUGGUGAUAGUGGCUUACGAGCCUUUAACGAUUUACGCGCCGAAUAUGAUCUCCCGGGUUCAUCGUUUUUUUUCUAUUUGCAGUUGAGAUCAGCCAUGCGGGCAUGUGGUGUACCAUGGGGAUUAACGCUCCCUACACACCCUCUGCAAACCUUUAUCAGUAGAAGCUGCAUGGCGUAGGGACUUAACCGAUAUAAAUGACGAAGAGGUUUCCUGAGACAAGGUGUGGAAAAAUUUGUGUGGUACAUCUCAAAAUCCAGAUCAUCAAUUAAUACACUAUAAAUUUGCCCACAGGAUGUACCUCACCCCUAGAAAGCGUCACUCUAUGAAGAUCAUUACAUCUCCCAAUUGUGAUCUGUGUCCAUCUGGUGCUCUGGGUUCAUUCUUGCAUAUGUACUGGAGGUGCCACGAUGUGUCUCAAUUCUGGAAGCAAAUAUCUCUCACCUUAAGUGACAUUCUUGAAGUUAGGAUUCCACUCUCACCUACUUUAUUUCUAUUAAUUGAUGACUCCUCUCUAAACCUGUCUUUGCAACAGAAACAUAUUUUAUGGGCUGGUCUUACUGCAGCCAAGAAAAUGCUGGCCUUAAGAUGGCAACCACCACACUCCUUGACUAAACAACAGUGGGCUAACUCGUCAUUAGAAAUUAUCUUGAUGACUCUCAACCCCAGGCUUCUAAUGAGACUCAUAUUGACACUUUUCUAAGUUCGUUAGACCUACCCAAUCUUACAAGCUCAGAAAAUGAAAAUUUAAUACGAUCAAUUUCCGCCAAAGAAUUGGAUGUGGCCAUCUCUAGGCUAAAGGACGGAAAGUCACCAGACUCUGACGGUUUUACCACCGAGUGGUACAAGUCUUUGAAGCCACAAUUAUCCCCGUUAUUACUUAAAACGUUUAACUGGAUUUUACAAAAAGGAAAAAUCCCACCCUCUUGGAGGGAGGCAAUUAUCUCAGUCAUUCCCAAGGAGGAUAAAGACAAACAAGAAUGCAGCAACUACCGACCUGACAGUGUUCUCAACUCGGACUACAAACUUUUUACAUCCAUCCUAGCCCAUAGACUUGAAAACCUCUUACCUGACCUUAUCCAUUUAGACCAGACUGGAUUCAUCCAACAAUGACAGACUCUGGACAACAUAAGAAGGACUUUACAUAUACUAGAACAAAUAACUAAGGAUAAAACUAAGUCAUUGAUAGUGGGAUUAGACGCGGAAAAAGCGCUCGACUCGGUUAGAUGGGUAUUUUUAUAUAGUUAAUAUCCCUUGGGAAGGGAGGGGGGACAGAGGGUUUUGCAUUAGACCUUGAAUGAUGGUUUUGUAUAUGUACCUGUGUAUGGGGGAGGAGGAUGUAUAAAAGGGAUAAAAUAAAUGAUAUGUAACAUUUUUCUCUAUACCUUCUCAAUAAAAAAGAAUGAUCACAAAAAACACAUUUUGUCCACUUUCAGAGUUAAAUGUGACGAUGCAUUUUGAAGAAGUAAAGCACAUCAUUUAUUAAUGUUAACCCUGGAACAAAUGGACCUGUAUUUAAAGUUACAGAGGCAUGUGAAUAUUACAAAAAAAAGAGUGUCUUGAUCUGCAUCAGUCCAAGAUGUUUUCAAUGGCAUUAUCAGAGCAGGCUUCAAAUAGUUGAAGCAUAUGCAGGGUUCAAUGCUGGGAAGCUGCGUGUCCCCUCGCGAUAAAAAAAACGCUGCAGUGGACACGUACCAUGAGGGCUCACUGUGUCGUCUCUCCCAGCGGGGAGGGACGGUCCCCUGCUCCGGGCACGGCUCUUAAGCUGGGCGGACUGUCCUCAGUGUUAACCCACCCAUCUUGAAACACUGGCCCUGUCUCGUUUACCGUGAUGCUUUGUGGGUGAGACAACCAACACGUUCAGGAUUAAAUUGUUUCCUAGAGUACAGUGAUGGAAGAUGUUCUCAGAUCUUUUACUCCAGUAAAAGUAAUACCACAGUGUAGAAAUACUCUGCAACAAGUAAAUGCCCUACAUUCAAAAUGUUACUGAAGUACAAAAGUAUUAGCAUCAAAUAUAUACUUAAAGUACCAAAAGUAAAAGUAACCUACUCAUUUUGCAGAAUGGCCCAUUUCACAAUAAUAUAUAUCAUGGUUUAUCAUUGUAAUAUAAUGAUUGAUGCCUUAAUGUGUUCAUCGAUUCAGUGUUGCAGCUGGUAAAUGUGCUCAUUUUAACUACUUUAUAUGCGUAAUAAUGAUAUACUACUUAAUAAUACACCGCAGUUUAUUAGUAUUAAGUAACUGAAUCUGCACAUAGCUAGUAUCUAAUAUCGUCAAAUAAAUAAAUCAUUGAAGUAAAAAGUACAACAUUUCCCUCUGUGAUGUAGUGGAGUAGAAGUGGGCUAUAAAGAUACGUAAAAUAGAAAUACUCAAGUAAAGUACAAGUACCUCAAAAUUGUACUUAAGUACAGUACUUGAGUAGCCUACAGUCCACUACUGCUAGAGCACAAAAUUGUUUGCAAGAGCACAAGAUCUUUUAAUAGAUUUAGGCUCUUCAUUUUGCUUUCAAAGUGCACCAGAUUGAUGCAUUUAACUUUAAAAUGUACAAAAUGUUCUACCCUGAGAGGGUCUGAUGUAAGGAUGAUGGUACCACCUCCAUCUUCAUUUUGAGCCAGGAAAAUCCCUGAUAUGAAAAACAUAUUUCUUCACAGGUUUCAAUUUUUAUGUUUUAAAAAGAUGGAAUUCUAUGUUAUCUACAGAAUAAUGUGAAAUACUGCAACAUCUACAUCAUUCCACUGUAAAUUAGCAACAUAACUUAACAAUGACUUUGUUCUGUUUGUGGUGUUGGUGGACAGCGUUGUUACGCCGAUUCACAAGAGUUCUGAUGUAUAUUUUUUAUUACAACUGCAUCUUGUUUAUUCUACAGUCCUCCAAAAUGUCUGAUCUGUAAAAAAAUACUGCACAAAUGAGAUGUGUUAUUUAUGAAUUGUGUUUUUUUUUAAUUCAUGAAUCAUUAGUAUCAUUUUCAUUGUUUGCAAUGUAGCUAAUAACAUUUCCACUGCACACACGCUGGUUGUUGUUCAUGUAUUUAGGCCUCGUUUUUUUUAGCUAAAGCUUUCAAUUUCAUCCAUUUCAGUUGUUUCAACAUGUUGUUCUUCCAGUGACCCUCUUUUCGAGGGUCACAGUCGAUUAUUGUGUUUCCAUUUAAAUAUUUAAUAGCCAGCGCUUCUGAUGUAAAGAUUAAGAACAAUUCUGUUCAAAUGUGACUUUCACAAAAUGUAGUCUUGUUUAAAACAACCAACAGAAGGAGAUCAAUGUACCUCUCUGCACGACUCUUAUGUGAAGAAAGAUUGAAGUUUUACAAUGCCGUUCUGUUUUCUUCAACGCUUUUAGAUUUCUGUUCUGUUAUUGGACCUUGUUAUGAUUAAAAUGUACAAAUGGUGAAAAUGAAUACAUUAUCA